AUGGAAGUGUUACCCAUUCUGACGAACAUGAACUCCUCUCAUCGAUGCAUUGUGAAGGAGCUAAUGCAAACACGACGGGACCUUCACUUUCCAGACCUCUACAUACAAAUGUUCCGACUUGACGACAGUACUGAGCUGGAGGCGGAUAACCGGUCCGAGGAACCCACAGCUCUCGUAGCACCCGGCACCACCUUGACCGCCGGUGAGGCUGAGAUGAUCGGAUCUGGGAACUGA